CCCUGUCUCCAAACAUCCUGCGGACUCGAAAGCAUCCAUCCCCGCCGGCAGAGAGACGGCUCUGGAUCAUCCGCCGAAGCAGGGAGGCGGAGGAGAAACCAUGGCGGCGCCGGAAGCUCCUCUCUGCUACGUCGGCGUCGCUCGCCAGUCCCCCGCCUUUCGCCUCAUGAAGCAAAUGGGGUGGGAAGAGGGAGAAGGUCUUGGCAAGGACAAGCAAGGGAUCAAAGGCUACGUCAAGGUCAAGAACAAGCAGGACACUAUAGGGGUUGGUCUUGAGAAGCCGAAUGAAUGGGCGUUCGACACGGCUCAGUUCGAUAGCAUUCUCCAGAGAUUGAAAGUGCAAGCAGCGAAACCCAGUGAUGAAGCUACUGAGAAGAGAACUGAAGUGGAAGAUGAUAAAAAUGACUCUAAUGAUGCUCAGGCCCCAGUGCCUAAGGCUACUCGAGCAAGGGGAAGGUAUAAGAAGAGAGAAAGGGGGAAGCUUGUCCAUGCUUAUUCAUCACAAGAUCUUGAGGGAAUUCUUGUGAAAAAGGUAGAGGAGUUGCCACAAGAAGAUCUGGAUCCCAUCGAGGAAGGUUAUCUCAUUGAUGCAUCCGAAAGCCCUGUCCUUACCACUGAAGGAAAGCCAGAUGAGAAUUUGCCAGAGUGGUGGGGCUCCAAAUACGGUUUUGUCUCUGGAGGAUUUCUUGGAGCACGAUCUAGUCGAAAGAAAAUAGUUGGCAGCAAGGACGCUGGGAAAAGUUAUGAAAGAACUGCUUUUUUUGAAGAGGAUCAAGAGAAUCUCUACAAGCUAGUCCAGGACAAGGCAACUUCUGGAAAGCAAGGACUUGGGAUUAAGGACAGGCCCAAGAAAGUGGCUGGCUGCUAUUUUCAAGGGAAAAAGACGUCAUUUGAUGACAGUAGUGAUGAUGAUACCUCAAAUACAGGUUCAUUAAAGCGAAAAUGUGAUGAUAUGCUAGAGAGGGGUAAGGCCAGCAAGCAAAAAUUGAAUCUGAAAAAGUUGUGUAAGCAACUUCUUCAUCAGGUCCCUGGGAAUUCACUCAAGUUAAAGAAGCUGAAAGUCCUUGUCGAGGAACAGUCAUCUUCUGCUUUUUCCAACUUUUCUUCCAAGAAAGAUGCCAUUGCUCAAUUGAAAGAAAAGCUGGGAAGCAGUGGGAAAUUCUCUGUGGAGGGGAAGAGGGUGAGCCUUGUGUCCAGGAAACGCUAAAAAGUUUUGGUAGAGAUUUAGUUGCGUGCACCGAUUUGUACAUUGCAGCUGAGUUUUAGAGGAGAGAAAGGGUUUCCAGGCGGCUGUACAAUCACUAGCUUUUUGCCUGGUCAGCUGGUACAAGAUAUAUUGUUCUCUUUUUCCUUAUCAUGCUAAAGUAUAAACAAAAUAUAUUUUUUCUAGUGUCUCUUUUAGAGGUGUGGCGUUGAGAUGCUCGGAUUGACGAUGCACCUGAGGCGAUCAUUGAGUAGUAAGAGUUUGGAAAGAGUUGGGUGUUGUAGUUUUUUGAGAGGAGGAUUUGUUUGUUUUGGCACAUUUUGGAAGACAUCUAUCAUUGUAAUUUGACACUAGCAUUAUUGAUACGGUGACUGAUUCUUGGGAAUGCCAAACGAGGAUGUCAUACUC